AUGUCGUAUCAGGACUCCGGUUUUUCUACGAUGUAUGAUCGUCAGGACGACUAUGAUCUCGAUGAAGACAAUGAAGAAUAUCUGGAGGAGGAUAGGGAUGCCGAGGAGCAAGAUGAAAGCGACGAAGAUACCGAAGAAGCGAGCGAAACUGAUAUGGGAAAAUCUGAAGAAUAUACAGAAAUCAAAGAACAAAUGUACCAAGAUAAAUUAGCUAGCUUGAAAAAACAGCUGCAACAAUUGAAGGAAGGCACGCAUCCUGAAUACAAUCGUAAACUAAAACGACUAGAAGCGCAAUAUAAGGAACGACUAAGACUGAAUAUAGUUUAUCGGGAUUACUUGACGGAGUGGGUUGAGCGCGAUUAUAUAUCUGAGAAGAAAGCAGCAGCAAAAGAAUUUGAAGAAAAAAAAAUCGAUCUUAAGGAAAAUCUACUUACUGAUAUGGAGGAAAAACGAAAAAUGAUUGAGUCAGAUCGUCAUACAAUGGAGCUCACUGGUGAUUCUAUGGAGGUAAAGCCUGUAAUGACAAGAAAAUUACGCAGACGUCCCAACGAUCCAGUACCUGAAAAAGUAGAGAAACGGCGAAAACCACCUCCUGCACAACUAAAUUAUGUAUUGGACGAUAAAGAUAUUGAACUUGACUUAAAAGCAAUCAAUCGUGCGAAAGCGCCGACCACUAUUCGCAAGCCAGUAGUUUUGCCACAUUACAACGCGGUAAAUAUUCCAUCACAACAUAUAUCACAGACGCCUGAAACUCCAUUGGUGGAAACUCGGAUAGAAGACGGAAAAUUAUUAUAUGAGCGAAGAUGGUUCCAUCGUGGUCAACCCGUCUAUGUCGAAGGCAAGGAUCUUAAUAGGUUCGCAGCUAACAUUUCUGCAAUUGGCACCGAAGCGAUUUGGGUGAAGAAAGUAACUGACAGCAGCAAAGUACGCAUUUACAUAUCGCAAUUGAGUCGUGGAAAGAUUUCCAUCAAACGACGAGCUUCCUAAUCAACUUCUCUAUUAU